AUGCUUGGAAGAUUCACAAGAGGUUUACUUAAGAGAUCCUUUGCAGAGCGCACAUAUGGAGGCUUAAAAGACCAAGACAGAAUAUUUACAAACCUCUACAAAGAUGGAGACCCAAUGCUGAAAGGUGCACAAAAACGUGGAGAUUGGCAUCAAACCAAAGAUAUUCUGUCAAUGGGUCCAGAUUGGCUGAUCCAAGAAAUCAAAGAUAGUGGACUUCGUGGGCGUGGAGGAGCUGGCUUCCCUUCAGGGUUAAAAUACUCGUUUAUGCCGAAAAAAUCAGAUGGGAGAACUUCAUAUUUAGUAGUCAACGCUGAUGAGUCUGAGCCUGGGACUUGUAAAGAUAGAGAAAUUUUGAGACAUGAUCCUCAUAAGCUGCUUGAGGGCAUGCUAAUUGUAGGCACUGCUAUGAGAGCUAGAGCUGGAUAUAUCUAUAUGAGAGGAGAAUUUUGGCACGAAGCAAAUGUAAUCCAAGCUGCAAUUGAUGAAGCCUAUGCUGGAGGAUUUUUAGGUAAAAAUGCAUGUGGAUCUGGCAUCGAUUAUGAUAUUUAUUUGCAUAGAGGAGCUGGAGCUUAUAUCUGUGGUGAAGAAAGUGCUUUAUUAGAAAGUUUAGAAGGCAAACAAGGAAAGCCAAGAAUGAAGCCACCAUUCCCAGCCAACAUGGGUUUGUAUGGCUGCCCAACUACAGUCACUAAUGUUGAAACUGUUUCAGUUGUCCCUACAAUUAUGAGAAGAGGAGCAGGCUGGUUCAGCUCAUUUGGCAGAAAAGGCAACGCUGGAACCAAGUUAUAUUGUAUAUCAGGCCAUGUCAACAAUCCUUGCACAGUAGAAGAAGAAAUGUCAAUUCCUCUAAAAGAACUUAUAGACAGGCAUUGUGGAGGCGUCAAAGGAGGGUGGGAUAAUCUCCUUGGUAUCAUCCCUGGAGGCUCUUCAGUGCCUAUUUUACCUAAAAGAAUAUGUGAAACUGUCCUUAUGGACUACGAUGCUCUAAGAGAAGUCCAGUCUGGUCUGGGUACGGCAGCUGUUAUCGUUAUAGACAAAUCAGUCGACAUUAUUGACUGCAUUUUAAGGCAAAUAAAAUGGCUUCGGAUGGAAAAGUAAUUCACUCUGUAUAUUCCUUUUCCCUCACAACAAAUUUUAUUAUUAUAGGGUUAGAUUUUUACACGUGGGUUUCUGUACAAGAGGAGAAAAUCUCGAGCAGUUUUAUAUUUCACCCACCUUGCGUAUUGUGCUUCAUCUAUUUACACAGCUGAUAUAAAAGGUAGGAACUUUAGUCCGAACAGGCGCUAGAGGAAAGUCAGAUAGAACAAGGUAACACGCCAAGCCACUAGUGCUUCCGUACUCCUGCAUUCCAAAACGGCUUCACAGAGACUAGGAGGAGCGAGUCGGACUGCGAGGGUCCGAUAUAAGCUCGAGAGUAAAAAAAAAAAUGCGUCUCACCCACUUGCAACUAGAGCUGAACUAGAUGUUAGUUAAAUAAAGUUAAUUGGGUGAUUGACUGCAUUUUAAGGUUAUCUAAAUUUUACAAGCAUGAAUCAUGUGGACAAUGCACUCCUUGCAGGGAAGGAACUACAUGGCUUGUUGAUAUUUUGACCAGAAUCAAGUAUGGUAACGCAGACUACGCUGAAAUUGACAUGCUGGAAGAAUUGACAAGGCAGAUUGAAGGCCAUACCAUUUGUGCUUUAGGAGAUGCAGCAGCAUGGCCUGUGCAAGGACUGAUUAAGAAUUUCAGAACAGAAAUGGAAGACAGGAUUAAUAAGUAUUGGGCUGAGCACCCUGGAGCUAGGAAAAAUCCAGUAGAGUCAGUCAGAAAUAUUGAGACCUUAGAAGGAUAUCAAAGAGUGCUUGCUCAAAAGCAUUAA